UCCACAACAGCUAUUCCAAGACAAUCCCGAUCCUCUGCCGCCGCCACCGCAGCAACAACUCCAAGACCCUCUGCAACAGCUAUUCCAAUACACAUCAAACCACGCCUCUGCCAGCAGCAGCGCAACAACAAGUCCAAGAAUGCAUAGCAAUGUUCUUCACAUUUUCUUAUGUGUGGUUGGUGGGUGAGGAUGAAUUUUGGUGAUGAAUUCUGGGGACUAUUAUGACAGCGAGCGACACUUUCAGGGAUGAAAGUGACUGUUUACUCAAUCCAAAAACCUUAGGCGUCCUGUUUCCAUGUCCUUCCUGUUAAUUCACAGCAAAAAUCCUCAAGCUGCCGUCCGUUCAAACCGCCGUUGCCGUUACCGUCGCGUUCAUCUUCAUCUACGGUUCUGAACUCAAUUUGAAAGGUAAGUUUUCGAGUUACCAAUUAAUGAUUCUGCGAUUUAUUUGAGUUUGUUUGUGAAUCUGCUGCAAAUUUCUAAUGAAAUUAUGUUGAUUUGAGUUCCAUCUCUCAGUUUUGAUUCGCUGAAUUGAUAUCACGUACAAACGUAAACUGAGUUUGUUUGUGUACAUAACUUUCACAGUUUCACUCGUUCCAUCUCGCAUCUUUCUGCAUUUUCUGUUUCAGGUCUAUUCCAUAUUUUUCUUUGCGCACAUAACUUGUUGCUUCGGUCCAUUUGCUUUUCUGCAUUUCCUUCCUCCUGUUAUCAAACCGUUGCCUAAUUAUUUCUGGUUUUAAUUCAUUUUUAGUUUUAAUUUCCUUUUCAAAUUAGAGUACACAGAUUCAAAUUAGAGAGGAGCUUUAGUUUCCUUUGAAUAAGUAAUUUGUUUUAGCAUUUCUUAUUUUAUUAAUGUUGAGUAAAACUACAAGUUAGUCGAGAUCAUUAGUUGGUCCUGUGGUGAUUGGCAUUGGACUUGGUAGGGAGGACUUAGUCUCUGUCUUUGUAGGGCACUAGUCCUGACUCUAUAAAAAUGUCAAAUUGGUCACUAUAUUCAACUACUUACUGUCAAUUUAAGUCCUUAUUUCUUAUAACUUAUCAUCAAUUUGAUCAUUAAGUUUAUCCACUUAUUCUCAAUUAAGUCCUAACAUAUUCUUUGAAGAACUAAUGAGUAAAAUUUGAAAGAGUUGGGGAUUCAUUUGAAAUAUUUAUAGAUUUAGGGAUCUAUUUUAGAGUAUCUUACAAAAUCAGGGGCUGAUUUGGUGGUUUACUAGUUUUAUUUUAUUAGUAAUUAAUUUGUGCAUUUUUUAGGGGUGAUACAAUGGUUAAACAUAAGAAAAUGGAUGCAAGAAAGUUUCUGACAAAGAUGAAAACUGCAUAGCUUCAACAUUGACACUUCAAAAUCAUCCUUCCAAUAAUCAUACGGUUUAACCGAAAAAGUAAUUAUACAUGAGUUUUAUAAAUUUCGAUUAUAAUAUUUUGGGCAAGAUCAGCCACUGAUUGGUUGGUAUCUAUAGAUUGUCUUUAAAAUAGAACCUUGCAUUUCAAUUUUUUAUGCUUACUUUGCGAGUGGUUUAGAGUGGGUGUUGAAUUGAAUAUUCUUGAGAUGCCUUGUCUGAUCUUUGAUUGUAGAAAGUCCAUUAGGGUCUGUUUAGUUCAGGGGUUUUGGAGCUAUGGUUCACUAAGCUAAAUAGAUUGGGAAAAAGUGUCUGUUAAGUAAUAAUCCGACACCUUUUUCAAAUUUCAAUCCUAUUGAGGAUUCCGCCCUCUUGCAGCCUAAUGGUCUGAUUUGAAAUUCGCCGUUCUUUAAUUUUGUCAUUGGUUAACCACAUGUUCUUGUGGCAUGUCAUUUCAUUAUUUAUUUUCAAUGACUAAGCUUGGUCUAUCUUUCUCUGUCUUGAUCCUAGUUUUAGUUUCAUAUAUUAUUACUGUUAGUUGAAUUGGGGUAUAAAAGUGACUGGUCUCUGCCUAGUUCACAACUUUGAUAUGUUUCGUAAUGUUUAAUUUCUUUCUUAAAAAUAAAAUGAUCGAUUGAUAUUGGAGUUUCUACUUUCUAAAGUUCAUGUAGAAGUUGUUUAGAAUGUGUUUGCUGUUUGGAAGAAAAAGCUGGACAGCAGAUAAUUUAGAGUUAUAUAAAAACCUCCUAAUUACUGCUGAUGUCUUUCAAAUCAUGCAUGCUUUAUCCCAACACUCACAUCUGACAUGUUCUCGGUUUUUGUUAGUUGCUACCGGUGAACGAAACAUUUAUCUUUCGAUACGGAUAACAACAUUCAAGAUUCAUACUUGGAGAGAGGAAAAAGGCAAUAACGGUAUUUAGAAACAUGGGGCCAUUGAGGACUGCUAUUAAAGAAGCAUGUGAGAAAACAGUCUCAGUUGUAAAGUUCUUAUGCGUUUUACAUGUUACGAAAAACUACCUGGUUAACCCUGUUAUGACUUAUGGUCCUAGCAUGCUUCCUACAAUCGAUUUGACACCAAACAUAUUUCUUGCUGAAAAGAUCUCAACUCGAUAUGGUAAAGUUGCUCAUGGAGAUAUUGUAGUUCAUCGCUCACCUCAUAACCCUAGCAAGAUCUUCACGAAGCGCUUGAUUGGAUUAGAGGGUGAUAGCAUUACAUAUGUUUCUGAUCCCGAUAACGGUGAUGAUAAGCUUGAAACAGUUGUGGUUCCAAAGGGUCACGUUUGGGUACAGGGCGAUAACAAAUAUAAUAGCAACGAUUCUAGAAAUUUUGGUCCAAUUCCUUAUGGCCUUAUUGAGAGCAAGAUAUUCUGGAGGGUAUGGCCACUUAAAGGUUUUGGAUCGUUCGAGAAAAAAUGAUCUGAAGCUUUCAAUCAUGUAAGUUACAAAUUACAAUCUUGAGAAACAUCACUGUUUGUUUCAUUUCGAAAGGGAAAACAUUGCCUUUGCGGACCAUGUCCAACCAUUUUCUUUGCGAUCUGGAGCUCACUCACUAAAACUAUGCAUUUUAAUCGCCUUAUGUUAAAAUUGCUACAUUUUUUCUGUUUAUUAUAUGAACAGCUUACCUUACUAAUUAAGUAUUCAUUUGUAGCUCUCAAAAAUUGAACAUUAGACAUGAUAUUGUGUAUAAAAUUUAUGGUUUAUAGUGGUGCAAACCGAAUCACCUAAUCUGUAAUUUAUGGUUUAUUGUGGUGCAAACCGAAUCACCUUAACUUGGGUUUG